UAAUAUGUAAGAUGGGAAGCGGUAAACGUAGGUUUACUUUGGCCCAUGUUUAAAUUCUAGACCGAAAUAACAUAAAUCCUAUUUCUUUAUUAUUCAUUCCAAAACUACAUAAUGUACACGUAAAAUCCAGUGUCAGAUUAUUCAGUGAAUGCCAAUAAAUGAAUUUGAAAGGAUGCAGAAGGAAGCAGUUAUGGCCUAGUUUGAGAUGGAUUUGUAUUUAUCCAGCAUAUAUAAACAGCAAGAAGACUUUGGCUGAAGGAAGAAGAAUUCCCAAAGACAAGGCAGUUGAAAAUCCAACUCAUCAAGAAAUACGUGAUGUCUUGUCAGCAGCAGGAAUGAAAGUUGGAGUGGAAAAUAAACUGUAUAGUAGAGAGAGGAGCAAGGAGCUUCUGUACCGUGGUCGGAUCAGAAUCCAGUUGAAAUCUGAUGAUGGUACACCACUUAACCCUGCCUUUCCUUCACGUGAUUCUGUGAUGCUGCAUCUUGGGCAGAUGAUUCCUCAAUUGAAAUCCCGGCUCGGAAAACAGGGAAGUUCAGACCCGAGUCAGUCUCAGUCAGGCUCUGGAGCUUCAAAGAAAAAGGGUAAAGGUAGACGGUAAUUAUAUUGUGAUUUGAAGUACUGUAUUGAUAUGAAAAACAAAUAAAGUACUGCUGUUUAAAGCAUA